UAGUGGCCUCAAUUUUGCGCUGUCACGGAUCAUAAACGUUAUUCCACAACCAAAGCUUUCUUCAUUCUCCAACACUCCAAUACAAAGGAAAAACCAUGGAACUUGUUUUUCUUUCCUUAUUUCUUAUAAUCCUUUCAUCUUUUCUCACCUAUCGCUUCUUCUUCAUCUCCAAAAGAAAAGACCCAAAGCUUCCCCCAGGGAGCUUAGGAUGGCCCAUCAUCGGCGAGCUCCUUGCAUUCACAAGAUCAGGCCAGAACGGAACACCCCAAGAUUUCGUUCAAGAGAGAAUGGACAAGCACGGUGCCAGGAUAUUCAAGACAUCCUUACUCCUAGAGCCGAUGGCUGUCUUCUGUGGCCCAGAUGGAAACAAGUUCCUCUUCUCCAACGAGAACAAGCUCGUCGCUAGUUGGUGGCCCACUCCGGUGAGGAAGAUCUUCCCUUCAUCUAUCCUCACUGCAACAGCUGACAAAGCUAAGCAGACCCGAAAGCUGCUUAUGACCUUCCUCAAGCCGGAGGCACUGCAGAAAUACGUUGGAACUAUGGAUGCUGUUGCUCGACGCCACUUUGAGGUUGAAUGGGAAGGUAAAGCUGAGGUGAUGGUUUUCCAUCUCAUCAAGACUUACACUUUCUAUCUGGCCUGUAGCCUCUUCGCCAGCAUCGAAGACUCAGAUCAGGUGUUGAAGCUUGGACGGGAAUUCGAUGUUAUGAUUAAGGGGAUACUAACGCUGCCGCUCAAUAUCCCUGGAACCCGAUUCUACCGGGCCACCAGAGCUGCAGAAGCUAUACGUAGGGAGCUGAGAGUGAUGAUCCAACAGAGGAGAGUGGAUUUGUUAGAGGGGAAAGCGUCGCCGACCCAGGACUUGCUGUCGUAUCUACUUGUAACACCAGACGACAACGGGCAAUUUAUGGUUGAGAAAGAGAUUGUGGAUAACUUCUUGGUGAUGCUUUUUGCUGGUCAUGACACAUCUGCCUCUACCUUGAUGAUGAUAAUCAAAUAUGUUGCGGAAAUGCCUCACAUCUACGAUGAGAUCUUAAAAGAGCAAAGGGAGAUUGCAGCCUUGAAAGGAGGCGACGAGCUAUUGAACUGGGAGGACAUACAAAAGAUGAGGUAUUCAUGGAACGUGGCCAAUGAAGUGAUGAGACUCAAAGCCCCGGCCCAAGGAGCUUUCAGAACUGCCAUUGCUGACUUCACCUACGCAGGUUAUGAAAUUCCCAAGGGUUGGAAGCUAUAUUGGAGCGUCAACACGACUCAUAGGGACCCAGAGUACUUCCCAGAGCCAGAGAAAUUCGACCCGAUGAGAUUCGAAGGGGUAGGGCCAGCACCAUACACAUUCACACCAUUCGGAGGUGGGCCACGUAUGUGCCCAGGGAAGGAGUUUGCUCGAUUACAGAUUCUUGUUUUUCUUCACAACUUGGUUAAACGUUUUCGAUGGGAGACCGUCUUUCCUAACGAGAAGAUACGAGUCGAUCCAAUGCCUGCACCUGCCUACGGUCUACCUGUUCGCCUCUUCCCUCACCCUUCUUAAGGCAUCUUUGGCAACGUGGAUCCCGAGUACUCAAAUAAGAAAUCUCCUGGAUUUGAAAUACCUAGAUUCAGAAUUACCCAAUUGUGUUUAGCAUCCUGGAUUUAGAAUCUCUUGUAAUCCAAAAAUA